CACGGUCGGUUGCCCCGCCCCUUUCGCUCUUUCCCGACGAGCUGUCGGUGCUUAUUUGCGCCGUGUGAGGCGCUGGGUCUUGGCGGCGCGAUGUGGUUCCUCUACCUCCUCAGCUGGUUCUCGCUGCUGCUGCAGGUGGCCUUCGUGACACUGGGAAUCGCUGCUGGCUUGUACUACCUGGCAGAGUUAAUAGAAGAGUACACCGUCAUUACCAGUCGCAUCAUCAAGUAUAUGAUAUGGUUCUCCACGGCAGUACUGAUCGGUCUCUACUUCUUUGAGAACUUCCCAAUGUUGAUGAUCGGGGUUGGACUCUUCACAAACCUGGUCUACUUUGGUCUUUUGCAGACAUUUCCAUACAUCCUGCUCACCUCUCCUAACUUCAUAUUAUCAUGUGUGCUGGUGGUCUAUAAUCACUACCUGGCCUUUCAACACUUUGCAGAAGAAUACUAUCCAUUCGCUGAGGUUUUGGCUUACUUCACGCUGUGCCUCUGGAUAACUCCUUUCUCCUUCUUUGUGUCGUUAUCUGCGGGGGAGAAUGUCCUUCCAUCCACAAUUCAGCAAGGAGAUGACGUUGUGUCAAACUAUUUCACCAAAGGGAAGAGGAGCAAGAGAUCGGGAAUCCUGGUGAUCUUCACUUUCAUCAAGGAGGCAAUACUGCCCAGUCGACAGAAGAUAUACUGAGGGCUGUAUGCCAGAGCAGUGGUGGUACUGAUGGAGAGGUGGAGGAGGGGAGGGGGAAGCAGAGACCAGUAAACUGAAUAAAAUGAAAAGUUGACGAGCUCCUCCUUGGACACCAUCAUGGAAUUCACUUUGGAUUAACUUCCUCAUUCACUGGUCUCUCCCCCCUGAAGAAAUUAAUGUUGAUUUUAAACAUGACCUUUGCACAUAUUUUGGAAUUUGGAAAGACUUUGAACAAAUGAAAAACCGAAUCUCGUUCCAUUUGGUAGAUCUCUGUUGGAGUUCCCACGCACUGCAUUAUUGUAAACAUUGCUCUUUUUUGACAGUGGAUGAUAGCUGUAUACAGUCGGCCGCUGUUGCUGCCAGUAAACUUUACUGGGUUUAA